CAUCUGCUGCUGCAGCCACUAGCCAGUCUCACCCAUAGCCAGUCUCACCCACUAGCCAGUCUCUGCCUAAAUCUGUCGCUCUCCUCUUCCUACUCAGCUCUUAGGUUGCGAAAUUAAAGAAACGCCAAGAUGUCUGAGAAAAAGAUGUCUUCGAGUCGGAGGCAUUACCUGAAGAGCUUGAUGCUCUCCAUUGCUAAAGGCUUACUGGAAGAAGAGGCAAAGGAGAAUGAGCAGGAGAGAAUAAGAUGGAUGGAGGAGAACUGCCCUCCCCUGUCCCUACCAGGGGGUACUCAACAGUUAAUGGAGUUCUUGAAAGAGUUGCACCAUAAGAUUGACGUGAUAGAUGAGGAGAGAUAUGACCUGGAGAGCAAAGUGAACAAAUCCGCUAAGGAGAUUGAAGAUUUGAACAUUAAAGUUAUUGACUUGAAGGGCAAGUUCAAGAAGCCAACUUUGAGGAAAGUGCGUAUGUCUGCUGAUGCUAUGCUCCAGGCUCUGCUGGGCUCCAAGCAUAAGGUGUCCAUGGAUCUGAGAGCCAACCUGAAACAAGUAAAGAAGGAGGUGAAAGAAGAGGAAAAGGAACUGCGUAACGUUGGAGACUGGCGUCAGAACAUUGAAGACAAGUCUGGCAUGGAUGGCAGGAAGAAGAUGUUUGAGUCCGAGGGUUAAAUUAGUCCAUGCCAUUUCCCUGUAUAGAUCCCGAUAAGCAACACAGAGCUUAGAGUUUGUCAAAUGUAUCACCAUGGUAUCAUUUGAACCAGUGUAUGUUUCUGUAAAACAAAAGGAUAAUUACUUUUUUUUUUUUGUGGAACAGAAACUAAUGAAUAAAUGCUUUUCAGAUUGCCACAA